AUGAACAUCAAUGCACCCGCAUUCGUUCCACAAAACGUCCCAUCCAGGACAAAUUCAUCAUCUCCUCUUGUCUCACGAGCUCAGAUCUUGCACCAGCCUGACGUUAAAAGAUCUGUUUCAAAAAAUCAGAGUUAUCACGCCCAAGGAGAUCAAAAUGUCCGAUCGAGCAUGAAUAACAAUAACAAGAGGAACAGUAAUCCUCAUCGCAGGCAAAAACGUCAAUCUAAUCACCAUCAACGCAAUCAAUCCAAUUUCGAUUCGAGAAACGGUGAUAAAACUGUAAUCCAAUUUUCGGGCGAAGAUAAUGAAGCAAAUAAAACCGACGAAUUGCAGGCUUCUAUCACAAAUACAGUGUCUGCAUUUGAUGAUAUGUCGAUAAAUGAUACGAAUCCUGUAUCGUAUGGUGCACCUAACAAGAGGGGUCAAAUCUCUCUUAAUCACCUUUUGAAUUUUUCGUUUCCACCACGUCAGCGUUCUGUUUCCAGUGCUCCGCGUAAACAGAAAUCUAUUAAUUAUCAACCAUUUAAUAAAGAGCGUUUUGUUAAUGCCAACUUUCGGUUCCUUGUCAAUUCAAUGGGUGAUUAUUCUGUUUAUAAUGUUGACCCAGAUCUUUUACUGCAAUGGGAGAGCAUCGAACAAGUUAUCAUCACAACUCCCACUACACCAAGCUGUCCAAUUUGUUUGCAAAAACCAACCGCUGCUCGUGUGACCAAAUGUGGUCAUACUUAUUGUCUUUCUUGUAUUCUUCAUUAUUUAAUGUUGAUUGAUGAGAAGGAUAGACCUAAUAAGAAGUGGCGUAAGUGUCCCAUUUGCUGGGAUGCUGUGUACGCCAAAGACCUCAAGAGUGUACGAUUUUGGUCCGUAAUAAAUAUUGGAAAAAUCGAAGAUGGAGAAGCGGUUAAGGGAGGUGAAAUGAUCACAAUGCGCCUCAUUCAACGAAAUGCUAAUUCAACAAUUGCACUUCCUCGUUCGUCCACCUGGAUACUUCGCGAUGACGCGCUUUCUAGUUCUUCUGCUCCUUGGCAUUUUAUCCCAGAUGUCCUUAUUUUCUCAAAAUUGAUGCUCGCAUCACUAGAUUACAUGAAAAAAGAGUACAAUCGAGAUCUGGAAGACCUUCAAAGUGCGCUACAGGAUGUCAAAAACUGGAAUUCGGACGAUGAAAUUCCAUUUAUUGAAAUGGCUAUUGUCAAUGUUAAGGAACACUUAGAAAAUUUUCAAAAGUUGUCAAGUGAUGAUGUUAUUCAGGCUGAAUGGCGUGCUCGUGAAUUAAUUAAUAAAGUUGAAUUUAAUCGUGUACUUGCUGAUCAAACAACUGAAAGUUCCUCAGAUUCAAAGCAUAAAAAGUUAGGCGAUAAAACACUACAUUAUACAACUACGAUUGUAGAAACUGAUCCUAUAACCAACAUCUCAUCAGAUAAAAAUAGUAGUUCCGAGUCAUCUUCAGAUUCAGGAAGUAGUCCACCAGCUUUUUUACCUAAUGAAUUCAGAGAGCAAUCUCAUAUUGCCAAUGUCCCUCAAUCGACUCCUGAAUCAAGAUCGAAAGCGAAAGUUUUGCAACCUGUUACUUACAGUGAUUGUACAUACUAUUUUUAUCAAUCAGAAGAUGGUCAGCAUGUGUAUCUGCAUCCAUUGGAUAUUCGUAUCUUGAAACAAGAGUUUGGGACGUAUGAGCAAUUUCCUAAUGAGAUAUCUGAAUUUAGAAAACGUUGCAAGUAUCUCAGCCAUUUGCCUUUAAGUUGUGAUGUAACGUUUUUAGAGGUAGAUUUAAAAGGUGUAGUUUCUGAUUCCACGUUAAAAAUAUUUGAAGAUGAACUUCGACAACGUCAAAAUCGUCGUAAAGAAAAAGCCCGUAAGGAAGAAAAGGCUGCACAUAGAGAACGGCAUUAUAAAAACACCCAAGAAUUUUUUAAUUCUGAUUCAUUUUUCCAACAGAAUGUAUUUGGUGAAACUAGCCAAAGUAACAGUACAAUACCGCAGCUUUCUAUCGAAAUGGAGAUUGGUAAUAGUCAUGUAAACAACAAUCUGAACACUUCAUCCAAUGGCCCAAAAACCGUUUGGGGAACUCCUGCGGUGUCCUUUGCUAAUGUUGCCAGUGGAAAAAACUUAGCUAAACAAGAAGACGACUUUGUUGACAAUGGUUGGGACUUUAAAGAAGAGGAAGUAUACGUUGGUAAGAAACACAAAAAGAAGAAACUCGUAUUAAUGUCUACAGGAG